GACAUAGUCGAGAGAUAAAGGUUUGCAGACGAAUUUGCUUCUUCAAGCGAUUUUCCCCCAUUUCUCACCUCCCAGUCACAGUCCGCUUCUGCGGGAAAUCUUCCACUAAAACCCUCGCAGUGGCCGAUUUCGUCGCUCUGUAUGUGCUGAUCGAUCCAUCUCGAUGGCGGAGAUCUCUAAGCUCCUUGAGAUCCUUUGCGAGACAAGGCCCCCAAGGUUUUCGCAGGGGUUGCUCUCCGGUGCUGCGCGGCCCGGCCUGAAAGCAUUCCUUUCUAUACUGGAAGAGGGAAUUAUAGUCGCCGAAGACGGUAGUUUGGCCUUGCAGGGCUGCAGUCGGUCACAGAUUGAAGCAGUCAUCUCGGUUGCUGAGGUGAUCGUCUCAGCUAUCCUCUCUAUCUCAGUUGAGCAACAAGAGCUGUUACUUGUAUCGGUCGUCCAGAAAUCCUUAGAACUAUGUAUUUGUUUUCUGGAGAAGUUUUCAUGUGAUGGAGGUGAUUUCAGUUUGCAGAAUAACUGUUUACAUAUCAUGGAAAUGGCAAUGAUUUUUGGCUCUGUUAAUGACCACCACUUAACAAAAAUUGAGUCUUUAAACACCCUCGUGGGGUUAUUGCCUCCUAUCAUUGUUCAAGAUGGCGGUGGUGAUUUGAAAAAAGGUCCUGCAUCCAGUUUGGAAGGUAUUUACUGCUUGAAGAAGGGACAUACCGUGGAUAGAGUCCAGAAGUUCCUAUCUUUGGAUAAAUCAAAACCAGAUUGUUUUGCUAGACGGUUUUCUGAAUAUCCUACUACUCACUUUUCAGACAAGAUAAAGUCAAUAGCACAACAUUGGGCAAUUUUUUGCUUCAAUUGCUUCCCUCGUCUACUCAUACUUUGCCAGCAACUACUACAGCCCCCCAUUUCCUUUGAUGAUAAGAUGGAUGAUGGAGGUUUUUGUUUGAGAGUGGCAUUUGCUGGAAGAAUUCUGAAAUUACUUGGACAUCUUAUGAGGGAAAUUCCUCAGGGUCCUUGUGAUUCAGAACUGUUAUGUGCAGUAGCAGGCUGUGCUGAUGCGAUUCCUCCUUUGCUCAAAUUGAAAGUUAACUUUCUGAACUUCGAUUCUGCAAAUUCCGGUAGUAAUCUUGGGAGCCUGGUGUUACUGGUGUUGGAGGAGUUUCUAAAGUUUGUCCAGAAUGGAUUUCUAGAUGAUCUGGUAACUCAAAAUGUCCGCAUAUGCAUUCUUGCUUCCAUGUUAGAUAUUUUGGAUUCCAACUCUUGGAAAUAUGAUAGUUUGCAAUCUUCAGCAGAGGCUCCAUUGGUUUCUUGGCCUCAGAUUGUUAUAUGCAUGGUUAAACUUCUAAAUGACGUUAAAAGCUGGAUGUCUCAUGACAAUAAGUUUGUACUAGAAAAUCAUUGUUUGGAAUCUGAUGUGUGUGGUCCUUCGUGCUGUGUUGGUUCAACGAAGGUCCUUUUGCUGAGAAACUAUACUUUUGAGGAAUAUGUAAACUUAAUUUUUCCUCAAUCAAUACAAUGGUUGGAUGAUUUGAUUUAUCUUGCAUUUUAUCUACACUCCGAAGGAGAAGACUUAAAAGCAAAGUCUGAAAAACGACGUAUAACUGUAUUGAAAACUUCAAUUUCAGUGGAAUCUGAUGGUGGGGCUAAUCAUGAAGAUGAAGCCCUUUUUGGAGACCUAUUUUGUGAAGCCAACCGUGCUCUUGGAUCAUCAGAUGGGGUUGAACAACCAUCCUUAGCUGUUAGUUGUAAUGAAAGCUAUCACUUGCCAAUCCAAGCUGCAUCUGAACUGCUGCUUUUUCUUAAGACGAGUAUAUUUUCUCCGGAAUGGGAUAAUACAAUUUUUGAGCAUGCUUUCAGAAUGCUUAAUGAGAAUCACCUAGAUUGGUUGCUUCUUAUUCUUGGUUGCCAAAACUGUUUGUUUGAAGCAGAAAACAGUACCGUUUCACCUACGAAGAGUACCAUGCAUUUGAGUGAGAUCUGCUACGAACUAUUGCAUGGUAUUCUCGGCUGCCAAGCUUUGUCUUUUUCUAUGAGAGAGAGUUUUGUUGAUAAAAUAUUGCGUGUGGAAACUGGAAGGCAUAUCUAUAAUAGUUAUUCCCUUGCUCUGUUAGCUCAUACUUUGAUUUCCCAUUUGAGAUUAGAUGGUAGCCAUCUGACGAUGAGAAUCUUCAGCGCAUAUGUUAGUUUUGUUUUGGGGAAGGUCAGAAGUGUCUGUUCUAGUUGUCCUGAUUCUAAUGAUCUUUUGACGACUCUACCUUGUUCUUUUCACUUAGAAAUUCUUCUGAUGGCAUUUCACCUGUCAAAUGAAACUGUAAAGGCUGAAAUUGCUAAUUUUGUCAGUUCUUCUUUUAGACGGAUAAAUGCACCUCCUGAUGGAUGUAGCACGAGGCAAUUAUCUUACUGGGCUAUUGUAGUGUCCAAGCUGGUCUUGAUUUUGCGGCACAUGUUACUGUAUCCACGAACUUGUCCUUCUUGGUUACUUGUACGAAUGAGAUCGAGAUUGAGGGAAAUCUCUUCCGGAAAAUCUUUGUUUCGUUCAUUAGAUGAUCAUAUGCCAUCCUGGGCAUCCAUUGUGGCAGAUGUGAUGAUUGAAGAUUAUGGAAAAGCAGCAAUUGAUGCUAUCUGGCAUUCUCAUUUGAUUGACGUCACUCCUCUUCCUGAUCCCUUAUGGAGGGAGGAUAGUUCUGUCAAGUGUUUGGGAUUGAAUUGGAGUGAUAUUUCUGCAACAUUUUCAUGGAUUUUGGAUUUUUGGAUACAUAAGAAGGCUGAAACGGUCGAGCAGUUACUAAUUGAAAGAUAUAUCUUCUUGCUUUGCUGGGGCACAAUUUCGACUUCCAAUUUUGAUGAUUUUUCAUUUGUUCAUUCUUCCAGCAGGCUUGAUCUUGAUCUUUCAAGCGCACUGUCUUUCUUUCAUUUUGUCCUGUCUGUGAGUAGCGCUGAUAAUGAUAGCAUCAUUCUUUUGGAAGACGUAUUGAAUCAACUUCUGAAAUUUUAUUUAGAGCUUAAAUCAGCUGAGAUUCGAGUGCUUGGUUGGAAUUUCUUAAGGAGGGGUGCAUGGCUUUGCAUGACUCUCUCUUUGAUUAACUCUGGCAUUGUUGACUGUCUUUCUAACAAUGUUAAUCCAGUUGAUGAACCAUUCUGUAAAUAUAAUCCAAAAAACAGCCGAUGUGAAGAUUUUUUGCUUUACAUGGUGAAGAGCAAUAAGAUGGGAUGGCUUUUAAAUUUAGUGUCAUCUAUUUUGAGGGUGCAGUUGCAAGUUCUCCGGGAGGCAUUUAUUUUGGUCACAAAUCAAAGUGGUAGGUUUCUUGUGGAUGAGUCUUCUCCCAUUCUAUUGCUUAAAUAUACCAGGCUUAAGAAAAGUGAACAGGAGCUUUUGCUUCAGAAGUAUGGUUGCAGUUUUGAAAUGCUGGAGCCAACAUUUGGGCUUAUGUCGAAGCUUGAAGAACAUAUUAAUAAUGAAUCCGGAUUCAAUGUUGAAAUUUUUUGUAGGUCCUUUCUUCAUGGUUUUCCAUCAAAUUCAGAUCCUUCAAGUGCUAUUUUACUUUCCAGUGCUAUCAUUGUAAGAGAAAUUUUGUGCACUUUGGAAGGGUGUCUCAAGAUCAAAGAUGCUGGAUUGGGCUUUGAAAUUGAGACGACCGUGCUUCACGAACUCCUUCAAAUUAUAAUGAACAUUCAAAAUGAUAGAAUUUUCGUGUGUAUGCAUGAAAAAUGUGAAGCUUUGGUUGCAAGUCUUAGUGGUCAUCAUAUGGAAUUGUUAGGCUAUAGUGACUUGUUUGCAUUGAAGCAAGUAGAAGGGCUUCUGGCUGCCAUGAAUUCGAGUGACUCGAUUGAUUCUGAGAUGCAUGAAUUGCUUAUUGCACAUAUUGUUGAUUUCAUUGAAGCCUUGCAAGGUGAUGAUCUCAAGGUAGGAAUUUUAAAAUUUUAUCUGGGUUCUGAGGAUGGAAUUCCUGAAGCUGCCAGAGAAUUUUUCAAAGAGCAGCGUGGGGACUUGUUGGUCAUCAUAAAUUCAUUAGAUAGAUGUCACUCUGGGACCAUUAAUUUGAAGGUCCUUAAUUUCCUUAUUAAUCUUUUAUCUAAUGGACUUUGUCCCGGAUUAGCAGAGAAGAUGCAGGUAAAAUUUUUAGAUAUGAAAAUGCCACACCUAUCAAAUUGGUUGGAAAGCAGACUACUACUAUGCUUGAUAAAAUCCCCCAAUGAUGAUAUGCAUGCAAAGGGAAUUUCUACAUCUCUAAAAGAAACUACCAUGAGUUUUAUUACUCAUUUGAUAACACAGCCUUCGACCAAAUUCUCUGAGAUGUUCCACGCUCAUAUUGUUGAUGGUUUUCUUAUGUUACUUGAUAAAGCUUUUAUGUCAUAUGAUCUUCACACGUCUAAAGCUUAUUUCAUUUUUAUGCUCCAAAUUUUGCAUGGAAGGACAUCCAUAAACCUGCUUUUGGAGAAACUAUUGCUUCUAAUGGUCAAGUUGGUGGAUAGUGAGGAAUUCCUUCCAGGCUUAAAAUUUCUUUUUAGUUUUCUUUUUUCUUUUUUCGGUGAUUGUGGUGCUAACAAGAAAACUAUGGAAAAUUUUCCAUCAAAACUCAACUCAAAUAACAGUUUUGGAUCAACGUCAGUGAAUUCAAAAUCAUUUGGCUUCCAAAAAAAUGCUGAGAAACUGGUACUUGUACGAAAUCCAGAAAGCACUUCUGCAUCAAUUGAAUGUGAUGCCACUUCUGCUGAUGAUGAUGAUGAUGAUGGCACUUCUGAUGGUGAUUUGGGUAGCCUGGACAAAGAGGAGGAAGUGGAUGGUAAUAGUGAGAAGGAACUUGCCUCUAAAGUAUGCACAUUUACAUCGAGUGGCAGUAACUUUAUGGAGCAACAUUGGUAUUUCUGUUAUACUUGUGAUCUGAUCCUCUCUAAAGGCUGUUGUUCCAUUUGUGCUAAGGUCUGUCACAAAGGUCAUCGUGUUGUUUAUUCUCGAUCAAGUCGUUUUUUUUGUGAUUGUGGGGCAGGGGGAGUCAGAGGAUAUUCAUGCCAGUGUUUAAAACCUCGGAAGUUUACAGAGACCAACAAUGUAACAUCCGGAGGCGCUAAUAGCUUGCAACCUUUUGUGCACUUGUCUGAAGAGACUGAUGAGGGAGCAGAUAGUGACUCUGAUUUGGAAUAUGAUGCUUGUGUAGAUCUUGACAAUUCAUUGAAAUUAUCUAUUUUUAAAGAUUUUCAGAUGGAGUUGCCGAGCAUGCUUGAAAAACUUGAUUUUGAAAGUCCAGUAAUUGAAAUUUGUGAGCGUCUACUUCCAGCACUUAAUAGUCAAAGGGAUUCAAAUAUUUUAAAGGAUAAGAAAAUAACACUGGAUGAUAAUAAGAAAUUAUCAUAUAAAGUUGAUAUUUUACAGCUAAAGAAGGCUUACAAGAGUGGAUCACUUGACCUUAAGAUCAAGACAGAUUAUCCAAAUUCCAAAGAACUCAAAUCACAAUUGUCUAUCGGUUCUCUAACCAAAUCAUUGCUCAGUGUCAGUGCUCGAGAUAGGCUUGCUGUUGGAGAGGGCGACAAGGUGGCUAUAUUUGAUGUUAUGCAGCUAAUUGGACACCCAACUGUAGGACCUGUUACGGCAGAUAAGGCCAAUGCGAAACCACUUUCUAGGAACAAUGUUCGUUUUGAAAUAGUGCAUGUAGUCUUCAAUCCUAUUGUUGAAAACUAUCUUGCUGUGGCAGGAUAUGAAGACUGUCAGAUCCUCACCAUAAAUCCUCGAGGUGAAGUGACCGAUCGUCUUGCUAUCGAGCUAGCUUUGCAAGGAGCAUAUAUACGCAGGGUGGAGUGGGUUCCUGGUUCUCAGGUCCAACUAAUGCUGAUUACUAAUAUGUUUGUAAAGAUAUAUGACCUAUCACAGGAUAGCAUCAGUCCCAUGCACUACUUUACACUUUCUGGUGAUUUGAUUGUUGAUGCAGUGCUUAUUCCAGCUUCAAUGGGAAAACUGUUUCUUCUUGUUUUCUCAGAAACUGGAUCUUUGUUCCGGCUGGAAGUAUCAAUGGAAGGUGAUGCUGGAGUUAAAGCUUUAGAAGAAGUUAUUCAGGUGCAGAACAGAGCUACACAGUCAAGAGGUCAUUCUUUAUAUUUUUCCUUGACAUACAGGUUGCUUUUCUUGUCUUAUCAAGAUGGAACCACCCUUAUUGGGCGCCUUGAUUCUAAUGCGACUUCGCUUGUGGAAGUAUCAGCUGUUUUUGAAGAUGAUCAAGAAGGUAACAUUUGUCCAGCUCGAUUACAACAUUGGAAAGAAUUGUUUUCAGGGAGUGGAGUUUUUGUUUGUUUCUCAAGUUUCAAGUCUAAUGCUGCUUUGGCAGUGGCCAUGAGUCCUAAUGAAUUAUUUGCCCAAAACCUGAGAUAUGCUGCUGGAUCAGCUUUAUCUUUGGUUGGUGCUGCUGGGUAUAAGCCUUUUUCAAAGGAUAAAACUCAUUGUCUUGUUUUAAAUGAUGACGGAAGUCUUCAAAUUUUCUCCUACGUGCCAGUAGGGGACGUUUCUGCAUCAAACAACAAUGUUGAGCAAACAAAGAAAUUAGGAUCUACCAUUCUUAAUAACAGGCUUUAUACUGUUUCAAAACCAGAAUUUCCUCUGGACUUCUUUGAAAAAACAAUUUCAAUCACGGCUGAUGUGAAGAUGAGUUGUGACACCCUUAAGAAUUGUGAUUCUGAAAGUAUUAAGCAAAGACUCGGACCAGAGGAUGGGUUCCUCGAGAGUCCAAGUCCUGCAGGCUUCAAGAUAACCAUAUCCAAUACAAAUCCAGAUAUUGUUAUGGUUGGCAUUCGGUUAAAUGUGGGCAAUACAUCUCCAAAUCAUAUUCCUUCAGAAAUUACAGUUUUCCAAAGGGUAGUUAAAUUGGAUGAAGGAAUACGUUCAUGGUAUGAUAUUCCUUUUACUAUUGCUGAAUCUCUUUUGGCUGAUGAGGAAUUCACAAUCUCAAUUGGCCAAACAUUUGAUGGUUCAAGUCUUCCUAGAUUAGAUUCUUUGGAAGUUUAUGGACGAGCUAAAGAUGAAUUUGGUUGGAAAGAAAAAAUGGACGCUAUUCUAGACAUGGAAGUCCAUGUAUUAGGAGCUAAUGCAGCUGUUCAGGGUCCUAGAAAGAAGUGCCGGACUAUGCAAGCUGCUUCUAUCUACGAGAAGGUUUUGGCUGAUGCACUUAUACUCCUCUCAAAGAUAUGCUUAUUAAACCGGUCACAUUUUGCUAUGGAAAUUGAAGGUGCUAAUUUAGAGUUUAAUAAGUUAAAAUGCAAAAAUGUUCUGGAGACCAUUUUUCAGAGCGACAAAGAACCGUUAUUACAAUCCGCCGCUUGUCAUUUUCUUCAAUCCAUUUUUCCAAAAAGGGAGAUAUACUACCAUGUAUGUAUGCAAGCAAUGCUUCUGUUAAUGCUUUGACACUCUUUCCCUAUGCUCAUUUCAAGAAUUGGAAUUGGUGGAGCUGUAGCCGGAUGGGUUAUAAAAGAGUUUACAUCACAGAUGCACGCUGUCUCUAAAAUUGCUUUGCAUCGCAGAUUAAACAUGGCUGCUUUUCUGAAAAUUCAUGGUUCUGGAGUAGUGGAUGGAUUAAUGCAAGUCUUGUGGGGUAUUUUGGACACCGAGAGACCUCAGACACAAACAAUCAAUCACAUUGUAAUACCUGCUGUGGAGCUUCUAUAUAGUUAUGCUGAAUGCCUAGCGUUACAUGGGAUGGAAACCUCUGAACAUUCUGUGGCUCCUGCUGUCACAUUGCUGAAGAAACUUCUUUUUUCUCCAUAUGAUGAAGUUCAGACGUCAACCAGUUUGGCUAUGUCAUCCAGGUUGCUUCAAGUUCCUUUUCCAAAGCAGACAAUGUUAGCUACUGAUGAUGCCGCAGAAAAUUCUGCAGCACAAGCUCCUUCUAGUGGAGUUACUGAUGGAGGUAAUGCACAGAUCAUGAUUGAGGAGGAUUCUGCAACAUCAUCCGUACAAUACUCUUGUGAUGGGUGCUCAACAGUUCCUAUAUUACGCCGGCGAUGGCAUUGCAAUGUUUGCCCAGAUUUUGACUUGUGUGAGGCAUGUUAUGAAGUUUUAGAUGCCGACAGCCUCCCUCCUCAUUCUAGAGAUCAUCAAAUGUCUGCAAUCCCUAUUGAGGUUGAGUCAAUUGGGGUUGAUGGCAACGACAUCCAUUUCUCCAUGGAUGACUUGAAUGAAGUUGGGAUAAUGCCGAUAACUGUUGAUACGAGCAUGCUGAACUCUCCAUCUUCAGUUCAUGUUUUGGAAACUAGUGAAACUGGUAACUUUUCUUCAUCUGUGGUUGACCAGCGGAUGGUUACAAUUUCAGCUUCAAAGCGUACUGUGAACUCUUUCCUGCUUCGUCAAUUACUGGAAGAGCUCAAAGGAUGGAUGCAUACAACUUCUGGUGUGCGGGCAAUUCCUGUUAUGCAGCUGUUUUACAGACUCUCUUCUGCAGUUGGUGGCCCUUUUAUAGAUAGCUUGAACCCUGAGAAUUUGGACUUAGAAAAAUUUGUAAAAUGGUUUUUGCAUGAGAUUGAUCUCAGCAAACCAUUUUCCACUAAAGUCCGCUCUUUUUUUGGGGAAGUUUCUAUUCUUGUUUACAUGUACUUCACUUUAAUGCUUCGGAAUUGGCAUCAACCUGGCGGUGAUAAUUCUUUAUCAAAACCUGCUGGUGCUGCUGACUCCCAAGAUAAAACAUCUGUUCAGGUUCAGUUUCCAUGUUUGACGCCUCCAUCCUCCGAUGAUAAGGAAAAAAAUGAGUUCACCUCACAGCUCAUUCGUGCCUGCUCAGUACUAAGACAACAGCAUUUUCUUAACUAUUUGAUGGAUAUAUUGGGCCAGCUUGUGAAUGCCUUUAAGUCGCCAUCGGGCAACUUUGAAAGCGGGGCAGCUGGUUCGGGUUGUGGCUCUCUGUUAAGUGUUCGAAGAGAGCUUCCAGCUGGUAAUUUCUCUCCUUUCUUUUCAGAUUCUUAUGCAAAAACACACCGUGCUGAUCUUUUUGGGGAUUACCACAAGCUACUGUUAGAAAACACUUUCCGCCUGGUUUAUAGUUUAGUACGCCCUGAGAAGACCGAAAAAUCAGCUGACAAGGAUAAAACAUGCAAGAUGGGACUCGGAAAGGAUUUGAAGUUAGAUGGAUUUCAGGAUGUUUUCUGCAGUUAUAUCAACAAUCCACAUACCGCAUUUAUACGUAGAUAUGCCAGAAGGCUUUUCCUGCAUCUAUGCGGAAGCAAAACUCAUUAUUAUAGCGUGAGAGAUUCAUGGCAGUUCUCUAACGAGGUUAAGAAUUUCUACAAACUCGUGAAUAAAACAGGAGGCUUUCAAAAUCCAGUGACAUAUGAUAGAAGUGUCAAGCUUGUUAAAUGCUUGUCGGCUUUAUCUGAGGUGGCUGGGGCCAGGCCCAGAAAUUGGCAGAAGUACUGCUUGAAACAUGUCGACUUUAUACCCUUUUUGAUAAAUUCAAUCUUUUAUUUUGGGGAAGAAUCUACCAUCCAAGCUCUUAAACUUCUGAAUCUCGCAUUUUUCAAUGGAAGGGAUCUUGGCCCUUCCACACAGAAAGUGGAUGCUGGUGAUGUGGGGUCAAACUCUAAAAAGCUUGGAACUCAGUCUGUAGAAUCAAAAAAGAAGAGAAAGGGAGAAGAUGGAAAUGAAAAUUGCUCUGACAAGGCUUUUAUGGACAUGGAACAAGCUGUAGAGACAUUCAAUGACAAAGAUGGCUCUGUUUUGAAGCGAUUUAUUGAUUCAUUUUUACUGGAGUGGAAUUCAGCAAGUGUUCGUCUUGAGGCUAAGUGCGUUUUAUAUGGCAUAUGGCAUCAUGGAAAACCAUCAUUCAAGAAGUCUAUGCUGACUGUUCUUCUAGGAAAGGUGAAAUUACUACCGAUGUAUGGCCCAAACAUUGUGGAGUGUAUAGAACUCAUGACCUGGGUACUAGGAAAGGACCCUGAUGGAACUAUUAAGCAAAUUGACACAGAACAUGUGAGUUUCUGCUUAACAUCUGAUGUUGUAAGCAGUUUGUUUGAUACUCUUCACUCGCAGAACGAGCUUUUGGCAAAUCACCCAAAUUCAAGUAUCUAUAACACCUUAAGUGGCUUGGUAGAGUUUGAUGGUUACUAUCUUGAAAGUGAACCCUGUGUAGCUUGUAGUUGUCCAGAGCUUCCUUAUAGCAGGAUGAAGCUGGAAAGCCUAAAAUCGGAGUCAAAGUUUACUGACAAUCGGAUAAUUGUGAAAUGUACUGGAAGUUAUACCAUCCAAACAGUGACAAUGAAUGUACAUGAUGUUCGGAAAUCUAAAUCUGUAAAAAUUUUGAACUUGUACUACAACAAUAGGCCUGUGUCUGAUAUUUCAGAACUAAAGAAUAAUUGGCUGCUGUGGAAACGUGCUAAAAGUUGCCAUCUUGCCUUUAAUCAGACAGAGUUGAAGGUCGAAUUCCCAAUUCCUAUCACUGCUUGCAAUUUUAUGAUUGAGUUGGAUUCCUUUUAUGAAAAUCUCCAAGCUUCCUCACAAGAGUCAUUGCAGUGCCCUCGCUGUACCAAGUCCGUGACGGACAAACAUGGUAUCUGUAGCAACUGCCAUGAAAAUGCUUACCAAUGUCGACAAUGUCGUAACAUCAACUAUGAAAAUCUUGAUUCCUUCCUAUGCAAUGAGUGCGGUUAUAGCAAAUAUGGGCGAUUUGAAUUCAAUUUUAUGGCAAAACAAAGCUUUUCGUUUGAUAAUAUGGAAAAUGAUGAUGAUAUGAAGAAAUGUUUGGCAGCAAUUGAAGCAGAAUCCGAGAACGCACAUAGAAGAUACCAGCAACUUGUGGGGUUUAAGAAACCUUUGCUUAAGCUUAUCUCUAGUAUCGGGGAGCAUGAAAUCGAUCCACAGCAAAAAGAUACUGUCCAACAAAUGAUGGUUUCAUUACCCGGUCCUUCAUGCAAGAUAAACAGGAAAAUUGCACUUAUUGGUGUGCUUUAUGGUGAGAAAUGCAAAGCUGCUUUUGAUUCUGUCAGUAAAAGCGUCCAAACUCUGCAGGGUCUCCGGAGAGUGUUGAUGAAUUACCUGUAUGAGAAAAAGACUGAAGACGCUUUUACUCCAGCCAGAUUGUCUGUUCUCCGUUCUCCAAGUAAUUGCUAUGGAUGCGCUACUACAUUUGUUACACAGUGUAUGGAGUUGUUGCAAGUGCUGUCAAAGUAUCCAGCUUGCAAGAAGCAACUUGUUGGUGCUAGAAUUUUAUCUGAGUUGUUUGAAAACAACAUUCAUCAAGGUCCAAAGACAGCUCGUAUCCAGGCCAGAGUUGUCCUCUGUGCUUUUUCAGAAGGGGAUUCUACAGCAGUUGCUGAGCUGAAUACUUUGAUACAGAAGAAAGUGAUGUAUUGCCUAGAGCACCAUCGCUCCAUGGAUAUUGCAGUAGCAACUCGGGAAGAGCUGUUUUUACUUUCUGAGACGUGUGCUUUGGUAGAUGAAUUCUGGGAAACAAGGCUCCGUGUUGCUUUUCAGCUUCUAUUUUUUUCAAUUAAGGUGGGUGCAAAGCACCCCUCCAUAUCAGAGCAUGUUAUUCUUCCUUGUUUAAGAAUAAUAUCUCAGGCAUGUACUCCUCCUAAAACUGAUGUUUCAGAAAAGGAACAAGGAGGGAAAUCAACUACCUCGCAGUCUAAUAAGAGUGAUCCUGCUGUAAAACCUUUUAUAUCCUUGGACAACCAUGCUGGGGUGAGUAAGUCACCAUCUGACUUGCCAGAAAAACAAUGGGAUGGGAUUCAAAAGGCUCGGGAUAUUCCACUUUUGAGCUAUUCUGAGUGGGAAAAAGGUGCUACUUAUCUUGAUUUUGUUCGGAGACAGUACAAAGUCUCACAGGCAGUUAAGGUUACUUCUCAAACGGUUCAUCGAGAUUCUCAGAGGUCUGAUUAUUUAGCUCUUAAAUACGGACUUAAAUGGAAACAUCGUUCUUGUAAAAGAACAGCCAAGAGCGACUUCUCAUCAUUUGCACUGGGCUCUUGGGUUUCAGAUCUGAUAUUAAGUGCUUGUUCACAGUCCAUAAGAUCUGAAGUAUGUACUCUCAUCAGUUUACUAUGUCCACAAGACUCGCCAAGGCGUUUCCAGUUGUUGAACUUACUCAUGUUGUUGCUUCCUUCAACACUACCCACUGGUGAAAGUGCAGCAGAAUAUUUUGAGUUAUUCUUCAAAAUGAUAGAUUCUGAAGCUGCUAGGCUUUUCUUGACUGCAAAGGGAUGCCUGACUACAUUGUGUGGAUUAAUAGGGCAGGAGGUAGGUAAUGUGAAUUCACAGGAGCGGAGCCUCAAUAUUGAUAUCUCACAGGGAUUCAUCCUCUAUAAACUUAUCGAGCUGCUUAGUAAGUUUCUCGAGUUACCCAAUAUUCGGGUGAGAUUCAUGAAAUACGAGCUAUUAUCUCAAAUGCUCGAGGCUCUCCUUGUCAUUCGAGGUUUAAUUGUGCAGAAGACGAAACUAAUAAGCGACUGCAACAGGCUUCUAAAAGAUCUUUUGGAUGGUCUAAUGUUAGAGAGCACUGGUAACAAACGCAAGUUCAUCCAUGCAUGUAUUUCUGGCCUACAGAAUCAUGUGAAGGAGAAAAAAGGGCGUACUAAGUUGUUUAUUUUGGAGCAGCUCUGCAAUAUGAUAUGCCCAUCUAAGCCUGAGCCAGUUUAUCUUCUUAUCCUCAACAAAGCACAUACGCAAGAGGAGUUUAUAAGGGGUUCUAUGACGAAGAAUCCUUACUCGAGCGUUGAAAUUGGUCCUUUAAUGAGAGAUGUUAAAAAUAAAAUUUGUCAUCAGCUUGAUCUCCUAGGUCUUCUAGAAGAUGAUUAUGGGAUGGAAUUGCUAGUUGCUGGAAAUAUAAUAUCACUUGACUUGAGCAUUUCACAAGUAUACGAGCAGGUGUGGAAGAAGUAUCAUAGCCAAUCACAAAGCAAAUUGGCCAGCGCUGUCAUACCAUCCUCUGCUUCAUUCACAUCAAACCGAGAUUGUCCCCCAAUGACGGUAACAUACAGACUCCAGGGUUUGGACGGUGAAGCAACUGAGCCAAUGAUUAAAGAACUUGAUGAAGAAAGAGAGGAAUUACGUGACCCUGAGGUUGAAUUUGCAAUAGCAGGUGCUGUAAGGGAAUGUGGAGGGCUUGAAGUUAUUUUGAGUAUGAUCCAGAAUCUGGGCGACGACAAACUGAAAUCUAAUCAUGAAGAACUGGCUUCGGUACUCAAUCUUCUGAUGUAUUGUUGCAAGAUACGAGAAAACAGGCGUGCUUUAUUACGCGUAGGAGCCCUGGGGAUGCUUUUGGAGACUGCAAGACGUGCCUUCUCAGUUGAAGCCAUGGAGGUCGCCGAAGGCAUCCUUUUGAUCGUCGAGAGCCUCACAAUGGAAGCUAAUGAAAGCGAUAUCAGCAUCACCGAAAGUGUCCUCACAGUCACGAACUCCGAAAGUGGUGCUGGCGAACAGGCAAAGAAGAUAGUUCUAAUGUUCCUUGAAAGACUAAGCCACCCUAGUCUAAAGAUGUCCAAUAAACAUCAACAGAACAACGAGAUGCUAGCAAGGAUACUGCCAUAUCUGACUUAUGGAGAACCAGCCGCAAUGGAAGCUCUCAUCCAGCACUUUGAUCUUUGCUUGCAUAACUGGCAUGAAUUCGACCGGUUGCAGAAAGAAUACAAUGAUAACCCCAAAGUCGAGAGCCUGGCUUCACAAGCAGUGAAGCAGAGGUCCGAUGUGGAAAAUUUUGUUCGGGUAUCCGAGUCUCUCAAGACGAGUUCAUGCGGAGAAAGGCUGAAAGACAUCAUUUUGGAGAAAGGAAUCACGCAGGUCGCCGUUCGAUACUUACGAGAAUGUUUCACAGUUGUGGGUCAGUCGGGCUACAGAUUGAGCAACGAGUGGGCGUAUGGUUUGAAACUUCAAUCAGUUCCACUAAUUUUGUCGAUGCUGAGGGGGCUGUCGAAGGGUCAUUUACCGACACAGAGAUGCAUUGAUGAAGGAGAAAUUUUGCCUAUCCUUCAUGCUCUUGAGGGGGUACCUGGAGAAAAUGAAAUUGGUGCGAGAGCUGAAAACUUGUUGGAUGUUUUGGCAGAUAAGGAGGAUAAUGGUGAUGGUUUUUUGAAGGAUAAAGUGCGUAAAUUGCGACAUGCUACUAGGGAUGAAAUGCGUCGACGGGCUCUGAGAAAUAGGGAGGAGUUGCUACAGGGUCUGGGUAUGCGGCAAGAGUUUGCUUCAGAUGGAGGCGAACGAAUUGUUGUUUCACAGCCCGCAAUCGAAGGCCUUGAAGAUGUUGAAGAAGAGGAAGAUGGAUUGGCAUGCAUGGUUUGCCGUGAAGGCUACAAUUUGAGACCAAAUGAAAUGUUGGGUGUUUACUCCUAUAGUAAACGCGUUAAUCUUGGCACAAUUUCGUCUACAAGUGGGCGAGGAGAUUGUGUUUAUACGACUGUGAGUCAUUUUAACAUAAUUCAUUUUCAAUGCCAUCAAGAGGCGAAAAGAGCUGAUGCUGCACUGAGAAAUCCUAAGAAAGAAUGGGAAGGUGCUACGCUUAGGAACAAUGAGACGUUAUGCAAUUCCAUUUUUCCAAUAAAUGGUCCUUUGGUUCCGGUGGCACAAUAUGUUCGGUACGUUGAUCAGUAUUGGGAUAACCUUAAUGCUCUUGGCCGUGCGGAUGGAAGUCGACUUCGAUUGCUCACUUACGACAUCGUUCUGAUGCUGGCCCGAUUCGCCACCGGUGCUGCUUUCAACACCGACUGCAAAGGCGGUGGACGAGAAAGCAACGCCCGCUUCCUCCCCUUUAUGAUUCAGAUGGCCUCGUACCUCCUCGACCAUGGAAGCUCCAAUCAACAGCAGCGCCAAUCCAUGGUGAAGUCUGUCGCCGCAUACCUCUCCUCCUCUCCCCCAUCCCUCUCCCCCAGCCGCCCUUCGCCUCCUUCGGCCGCUCGCUCUCCCAUCGCCUCCUCCGACGAAACCAUCCAAUUCAUGAUGGUGAACUCGCUCCUCUCCGAAUCCUAUGAAAGCUGGUCACAACACCGCCUUGGCUUUCUCCAGCGGGGCAUCUACCAUGCCUACAUGCAGCACAAGCACGGCAAGUCAUCGUCCUCCCUUCGCCUCGCCGAAUCUUCCUCUCCGUCCACUCGGAUACACGAAGGUUCUUCAACCGGCACUGACGGCAGCGCAAAGCUCUUCGCUGUCAUCAAACCAAUGCUGGUAUACACUGGUCUGAUCGAGCAGCUCCAGCGAUUCUUCAAGCCGAGCAAACCGUCGAAGAUGGAGGCUGUGGAGGGAGAUAAUGAGAAGGAGAGGUGGGAAUUGUCGAUGAAGGAGAGGUUGGUGAAUGUUAGGGAAAUGGUUGGGUUUUCAAAGGAAUUUCUUUCGUGUCUCGAGGAUAUGAUCUCGGCCGUCGAUCUUCAGGAGGCGUUUGAUGUGAUGGGGGCUUUGGGGGAUGUUCUUUCUGCUGGAUUUUCUAGUUGUGAGGAUUUUGUCAAGGCUGCCAUUUCAACUGGGAGUUAGUUGAAUGAGCUGUCUGUCCUUGAAAGGGUUUGUUAUGUAAAUAUAAUUUUACGAUUUUGGUGUGGUGAUUCAUUUUCUGUAAGGAAGUAAUGAGAGUUGUGUUUUGUUUUUGUUUCAUAUUUUUGAGUUAUUUUUUAUCUAUUUUUCAAGUUUUUUUCA